AUGGUGGACCCGGGUCAGCCUCUUAAAGUGAAUUUGCAACCAUUUAGCGUAGUUGAUGAUCCAGGUUUUAAAGAAUUUGUACAUUUACUUAAUCCUAAUUAUAAAAUCCCUAACCGCCAUUCUAUAUCAAAAGUUUUAAUCCCAGCAGAAUAUGAAACAUGUGUGAAUGCGAUGAAAGUUUUAAUUAAUGAAGAAUUGGAAACUGGUUGUAUUACAACUGACUGCUGGACUUCUAGAAAUACAGAAGGGUUUAUGGCUAUCACUAUACAUUUUAUUGAUCUAAAUUUUGAACUUAGGUCAGUUUUGUUAAGUUGUCAUCCUUAUAGUGAAAGUCAUACAAGUGAAAAUCUUAGAUGUUUUGCUCAUACCCUUAAUCUAAUUGUACAGUCUGCAUUAAAACAAGAAUCCAGUAUCAUUGAAAAAGUUAAGGCGAUUUCAACACAUUUUAGAAAAAGUACCACUGCACAUCACAAGCUAAUGACAUACCAAACAAAUUUAGGGGAAAAGCAACCAAAAAAAAUGCUUCAAGAUGUUUCAACACGUUGGAACUCAACAUUUUAUAUGCUACAACGCUUUGUUGAUUUGGAAGUGGCAAUUAGAGGAACAAUAGGCCUUUUAGAUAAAGCCCUAGACCCCUUAAACUCAGAUGAAUGGUUAACUGUAAAAGAAUUUUGCAAAGUGUUAAGCCCAUUUGAAGAAGCAACUAAGGCUAUCAGUGGUGAACAGUACAUGACAGCUUCAUUGACAAUUGUCAUAGUUCACGGUCUUCAAAAUGUCUGUGAACUAAUGAAAAAGUGUAAUUAUUCACAAAGAACGAAUCAUUUAAUUAAUAAUUUAGUUACUGGUAUGAACGACAGACAAAGCUGGGGAAACAUAGAAAAAAGUAAUACCUUAGGUAAGUGUACGUUUCUGGAUCCCCGAUUUAAAAAUGUACCAUUUGUAAACAACGUUAGUAUGUUAAAUACUAUAAAAAAUGACAUCAUCGAUUCCACAAGUCAAUUAAUUUCUUUGACCAGAUCUGAAAUUACUACUUCAAAUACUACAUCAAAUAUAGAACCUUCGACAUCUUUAGAAAGCACAUCCGGACCUAAAGAAAACACAUUUUCAAUUUGGGAAACUAUUGACACGCUGAUUACUCACAUGCAACCGGUUGAAAGAACAUCAAGAUCAAGAGCAAUAAUAGAAGUUCAGCGUUACAUGGAAGAAGCAUUAGUUCCAAGAAGUUCUAAUCCUUUGAUAUGGUGGAAAGAACAAAAACAUAAUUUUCCAUUUCUCAGCAUUUUGGCGAGAAGAAUGUUGUGCUGUUUAAGUUCAUCGUCACAUAUCACAUUAAUUCAUAGUAUCAGUAUCAGUAGCACCUCCUUAUAUGAUAUAUAUAAAUAUCAAAAAAUGAAAAAAGUAGCAAUCACUGGUAUCUCAAUAUCUGAGUAA